GCUCUGGUCUGGAACUCUCCUUGGAGAUGGCGGCGCUCUCAGUGAUCGGAGUUACCAGAAGGUGUUUCACGUGCGCUUUCUUAAGGGCUCCACGCAGAGGAAUUUGGUCUCGAUUCAGAAAAGAGGAAAAGCCAGUGGUGACUGAGGUAGUAGAAGUUGAAGAGGUGAAGAAAGAACCUAGCCUGGUGUGUCCACCCUUACGAAGCCGAACAUACAUCCCACCUGAAGAUCUCCAGAGUCGUUUGGAAUCACAUGUCAAGGAAAUUUUUGGUUCAUCUGUUUCUGGCACUUGGCAGGAUGUCUCUCUGGAAGAUGUUCACCUGAAGUUCAAUUUCUUGGCAUGUUUAGCUAAUGACUUGGGCCAUGCAGUGCCUAACUCCAGGCUUCACCAGAUGUGCAGGGUCAGCGAUGUUCUUGAUUUCUAUAGUGUACCUGUUCAGGAUAGAUCAAAAUUUGAUGAAUUCAUUUCUAGUAAUCUGCCUCCCAAUUUAAAAAUCACCUGGGGUUACUGAGCAGUUAAGAAGAGCUUAUUAAAAUCAUUUCCCCCUUUGGGCAAGGGAACUGCUUCUCAGACUUUUCGAUGCUUUGCCAUGUGAUGUGCUAUUAGAACUCUUCUUUAUAAACCUGCUUUUUCUGUGGAAGAAUGUAUUUCCCUUUUUUCCCCCCUCAUACCAUGAAUUAAUAACAGGAUUUUUUUUUUUCAUAUUUGCUGAAACUCACUUUUUUAAUGGAAUCAGGUCAUUAAUAAUGUAUGGAUUUUUUCCUCCAGAGGACACUGUGAUUAACUUGGAUUUAAGAUGGGAGGCCAUUACAAGCUCAGGUGUGGUCUUUACUAUUCAGAACCAGAAAAUAGUAGUUUCAAGAAAGUUUGGAUCCUCUUAAGAACUCUUAAAUAGGGGAUAUUAUUAUAUAAGUACAUGUGCAAAUAAAGAAACUUAGAUAUUCAUAAACAUCUAAGUCAGAAUACUUUAGAAAGUUGUUUCACUGUUUGCUUUACUGCACAAGAGAAAUAGAAAAUUAUAGCAUUCAUUCUGGAUUGAUCUCUUUUGGAAUUAAAGUAGGUUUCUUAAAGUGUGUUGUGUGAGUUUGAUUUUUUUAAACUCAAAUAGUUAUUAGAUGGUUCUGAAUGACAAAAUUAGUGAUUAAGGUAGGAAUAAUUUUUGUUCAUCUUUAGAUAUGGCUGGGGAAUAAUAGUAGGGCAAAGAAUUUCUUCUACUGUUUUAGCUUAACUCAGCUGAUGACUGGAAGAAAAAUGAUAGAAGGGUUUUGAACAAAGGAAAUUACAUUUAUUCUCUGUCUCAAGGUAACUCCAUUGAAAAGGGUAAAAAUCAGUUUGAUAUAAAAAUUCUGGCAUGUUUUUAAGAAAAAGUACAGUAGUAACAUGCCCUGUAAAUGUCACAGCAGACAGAUUUUGAGUAUCUUCUACAUUUAAGAACUUAAGAAGUGUUGGCAUGUCUGGAACCUGUCAUUAGAGCUGUUAAAUCCUUUCUUCUGUGUGAGAAGGGUUCAGCAUGGAAGCAUGAAUUUUAUAUAGAAUUUGACUCUCAUUUCCCACACAACUUUUACUUGUGAUGUGGAGACAGAAAAUGUGCAAAGGGCAAGAUGGAAGUAGGGGAAUGGUAAAAGCAAUGUAGAAAAAGCAAUGUAGAAAAACAUUAGGUUACAACUGGAGAAGCAACUUUAAAAACCAAGCUUCUUGUGUCAUAAAUGCAAAAGAAAUCCCUUUGUAGCCUGGAGCAGUAUUUCUCAGUGUACUUGGGGGUCUUUUUAAAAUGCAAAUUCUGUUCAAUAGGUCAGAAGUGGGUCCUGAGCACUACAUUUUUUGCUUCAAUUUUUAUUGAUUUGCCACAUUUGCAUAGCUAUAAUUUUGGGAGUACAACUUUUCACCUCCAUAGGUGCACAUGCCUCACCCUCCACCUAACCUUUGUUCUAUACCCACUCCCCCCAUCCUCUGCUAUUCAGUAUGUAUUUUCACAGAGUCUAAGAAUGAAUUUUCUUUGUUCAUUUAUAUUCUGCAAAUGAGUGAAACCAUUUAGUAACUCUGAUUUCAUUUAGCAUAAUCACCUCAAGAAUGAUCUAUUUUGUCCUAGAAGACACUAUUUCAUGUUUUUUUUUUUUUAAGAUUUAUUUAUUUAUUUAUUUAUACAAGCACUGGGUAUAGUCAGAAGCAUGGGAGGAUGAGAGAAUUCACUAGAGCCAGAGCGGGAAACAGAACAGGCAGAGUGAUGAAAUACACCGCUGAGGGGAGCAGUGGGCAUGGCAGGAGAGGUCUGUCGCGCCAUGUGGGACCCUCACCCGUGGCCGGGGAUCGAACAGGCACUGCAGAGACUGCGGGCAGCUUCGCAGCCCAGUGAUCAACCCCUGCCCCACCAGGGGAGGCCCACUAUUUCAUGUUUUUUAAUAGCUGAUAGAAAUUAUUGAGUAUAUGCCACAAUUUAUUCAUUCAGUCGUCUGUCGAUGGGCAUUUGUGUUGGUUCCAUGUCUUGACUAUUGUGAAUAAUGCUGCUGUGAACAUAGGGGUGUGAAUGUCUUUUAUUAUUAAUGUUUUAUAUUUGGGGAAAUACCUAGAAGUGGUAUUACUGGACUAUAUGGUAUUUACAUUUUUAAUUCUUUGAGCAAUCUCCAUCCUGUUUCCUAUAGAGAAUGUUCCAAAUUACAUUCCCACCAGCAGUGGAGGAGUAUUCCCUUUUCUUCACAUCCUCACCAACAUUUGUUUCUACUUGUUUUGACAGUGGCCAGAACAUUGUUUAAAAUGGCCAUAUUAUCUAAAGCAACUUACAAAUUCAAUGUAAUGCCGAUCAAAAUCUUGAAAAUUCUUCAAGGAAAUGGGACAAUUAUAAAAUUUGUAUGGAACCAUGGAAGACCCUGAAUAGCCAAUACAAUCCUGAGAAAAAAGAAAGAUGGAGUUGUCAUACUGACUUCAAACUGUAGUACACAGUGAUAGUAAUCAAAACAGUAUUGGAAUAAAACCAGAAACAGACCAAUGGAACAGAAGGAGACCCCAGAAAUAAAUCCACAUAAAUGUGGAUAAUCUGACAAGGGAGCCAUGACCUUAUGAUGGUGAAAGGUAAUCCUCUUUAACAAAUGUUGGGAAACUCAGCCACACAGGGAAAAAAAAAACAACCUACAUCUGAAUUCCAUACACAAUAAUUAAUUCAAAAUGAAUUAAAGACUUGGAUAUAAGACCAGAAACCAUAAGAUACUUAAAACACAGGAGAUACAGUCCUGGACAUCGACAACAGAAAUGCGCUUGAGGGGGCCUCUGGCGGCGCAGGUGGUUGAGUGCCCCACUGUGAAGCUGUCCACAGCCUCUGCAGCGUGGGUUGGAUCCUGGCCGGCCGGUGAGACUCCCACAUGGCGAAGCAGACCUCUCCUGUCUCACCCGCUGCUCCCCUCAGCAGUGUAUUUCGUCAGUCUGCCUAUUCUGUUCCCUGCUCUGUCUCUGGUGAAUCCUCUCAUCCUCCUGCGCAUCUGGCUUGUACCCUGGUUCUUGUAUAAACAAAUAAAUCUUUAAAAA